AUGAAUCGCUCGCUCCUCCGUAGUGUGGCACGCUCUGUUCAGGCAGCUCGUCCUAUCGCCAGCCGGAGGUAUGCAUCAUCCUCUGUCGCCUUCAAUUGGGAGGAUCCCCUUGCUGCAACAGAGCUAUUCACCGAAGAGGAGCUAGCAAUUCAAGAUACAGCUCGGCAAUAUUGUCAAAAGAAAUUGAUGCCACGAGUUCUUGUCCAUUCUAACAUAACGCUUCUCUCUCCUUUGGUAGAGGCCUAUCGAAACGAAGACUAUGAUCGCCGAAUACUCGAGGAGAUGGGUGAACUUGGCCUUUUAGGCGCUUCGAUUGAAGGUUAUGGCUGUGCUGGUGUCAGCACUGUGGCUUCCGGUCUGAUCACCAAAGAGGUGGAACGGGUUGACAGCGGAUACAGGUCGGGCAUGUCGGUCCAGAGCUCCUUGGCGAUGACAGGUAUCUAUGAGUUUGGUACGGAGGAGCAAAAAGAGCGAUUCCUUCCAGGAUUGGCACAAGGAAAAGUGGCUGGCUGUUUUGGCUUGACAGAACCUAAUCAUGGUUCUGAUCCUGGGUCGAUGGAGACCGUUGCACGCGAGCAUCCCACUCAAAAGGGGGUCUACCUUUUAACUGGUAGUAAAACAUGGAUUACCAACUCACCCAUUGCGGAUUUGGCGCUCGUGUGGGCAAAGCUUGAAUCAACUGGUAAAAUUCGGGGGUUCGUGGUUGAAAGAUCUAGGUGCCCACCUGGUACUUUUGAAACGCCAGCAAUAAAGAACAAGAGUGCACUUCGAGCGUCAAUUACUGGUAUGAUCCAGAUGGAUGAUUGUCCAGUUGCCGUGGAAAAUAUGUUUCCCGAUGUGGAGGGUCUGACAGGUCCGUUUACCUGUCUGAACAGCGCACGUUUGGGUAUUGCUUUCGGUAGCAUGGGUGCGCUGGAAGAUUGUAUUUCUCGUGCACGGGAGUACAGUCUUGAGCGCAAACAGUUCAAGGGCAAUCCAUUAGCCAAAUACCAGCUUAUUCAGAAGAAGUUGGCAGAUGCUGUGACGGAUGCGGCAUAUGGAACACUGGCCGCGGUGCAGGUUGCUCGUCUUAAGGAUGCUGGGAAGGCUACCCCGGAGAUGAUCUCGAUGAUUAAACGACAGAAUUGCGAUCGAGCUUUGCAAAAUUCUCGAAUCCUACAAGAGAUAUUUGGUGGGAAUGCAGCCAGUGAUGAGUAUCAUAUUGGGCGUCAUGUGGCCAACUUGUUUGUGGUUCAAACCUAUGAAGGACAGAGCGAUAUUCAUGCCCUGAUUCUUGGACGGGCGAUUACAGGAAAGCAAGCCUUUGUAUAA